AUGACGCGUCACCCGGGCAGCGGCUCAGUCGGAGGGCGGUGCGAGGGUCCUCAGCGCCUUGGUUCGUCGCGGUAACGUAGCCCGGAGCUUCGGUCGAUUCUCCCCUUUGCCCUCACCCGUCCCUCUGGCCGCCCCGGCAUCUCGCAGCAGCAACAGCCGUUUGGACUCGCUCGCUGAUCGGAUGGCGCUUACAUCCGUGCUCGAGGCCCCGAGCCUGGGCCUGUUGCUGCUACUUGCCGUGGGCGCCAGCGCCGUGGAAGUGAAGCGGCCCCGCGGCGUCUCCCUAUUGAAUCAACAGUUUUACGAGGAGAACAAACUAUUUACAUGUCUGGACGGCUCAAAAACCAUUCCUUUCCAUGAGGUGAACGAUGAUUACUGCGAUUGCAAGGAUGGCUCGGAUGAACCAGGAACAUCAGCCUGUCCAAAUGGCAGCUUCCACUGCACCAAUGCAGGCCACAGACCUCGGUACAUUCCCUCUUCCCGUGUGAAUGAUGGCAUAUGUGAUUGCUGUGAUACCUCUGACGAGUACAAUAGUGGGGCUUCGUGUAUGAACACCUGCAAGGAACAAGGACGCAAAGAGAGGGAGGCUCUGCAGAAAAUGGCAGAAAUUGCAAAAGAAGGAUUCAAGCUGAAACAGCAGCUAAUUGAAGAUGCCAAGAAAAGCCGAGAAGAUAAACAGCAAAAGCUUGCCGUGUUGCAGAAGGAGAAGAUCAGCUGGGAAACGCAAGUCGAGGCUCUUAAAGCGGUAAAGGAAACUGCAGAGAAGCCUGAACAGGAGGCUAAAGAGAGGCAUAAAAAGGCCUGGGAAGAAGUCCAAGCUGCACGCAAAUUGGAGAAGAACAAAGCUGUGGCUGCUGAAACCUUCAAGGAGUUAGAUGACAAUGAAGAUGGCUUCGUUACAGUGAAUGAAAUUCAGACUCAUCCAGAGCUGGAUAGCGAUGGAGAUGGUGUGGUUUCUGAGCAAGAAGCUGAGGUGCUACUGGGAGGUGUCGGUCAGGUUGAUGUUACCAGCUUCCAGGAGACUGUCUGGGCCGGCAUCCAGGACAAGUAUAAAUCUGAGGCUGUCAACGAGGUCUCCCCUACCCCAGAGAUUCCUGUGGAAGGUGGAGCAGACAGUAGUCCUCAACCAGACCUCGAAGAGCAGAGGAAGACCGAUGAUGAGGAUUACGGGGAAGACCAGGAUAACGGUGUUGAUGAGGAUGACAGUGAGAGUGAUAGUGAAUUUGAAGAGGAGGAUGAUGAUGAUGUAGGGGAAGAUGAUUAUAAGAAUCAACAGAACAAUUUAUCAGAAAAGGAAGAAGUGGAGGAAGAGAAGAUGCCAGCAUAUGAUGAAGAAACACAGGUUCUGAUUGAUGUUGCAGAAAAAACCCGAAAUGAAUUCUCCGAAGCAGAGAAAUCAUUGAAGGAGGUGGAGAGCUCGAUUGGGAGCCUCGAGAAGGAACUUAUGGUGGACUUUGGACCUGACGGAGAAUUUUCAUACAUGUUCAGUCAGUGCUAUGAAAUGACAACAAAUGAGUAUAUCUACAAACUCUGUCCAUUCAACAAAGUGGCGCAAAAACCAAAGCAUGGAGGGGCAGAAACUAGUCUUGGUGUGUGGGGUUCAUGGGCUGGCCCGGAAGACAACAAAUUCAGUGUCAUGAAAUAUGAACAUGGCACAGGGUGCUGGCAGGGGCCCAACCGAUCCACCACUGUGAAGCUUUCUUGUGGUAAAGAGACUGCCGUACUGUCGACCUCAGAGCCCAGCCGGUGUGAAUACCUGAUGGAAUUUUCAACUCCAGCCUUCUGUCAGGAAGGUCAAGAUGGCGGCUCAGAACAUGAUGAACUUUGAGCCCUGUGUGGUGGAUGUAACAGAUUAAUGGAUCGUUGUUGUGAAGGAAUGGAUGGGAUGAGAUUGGAGUGGCUUGCAGCACUGCCAACCUGGCAAGCAUCUCUUCUCCUGGACUUGUUCUUUUAGUUGAAACCCUACCAAAUGGACAAAUCUCCAAAACCCUCCUUUAUUCCCAGAGCAUUAAAUUGUUCCAUCCUUCCCUGCCUCAUCCCCAGAGCUAAUUGAAACUUUACCAGAGUCUUGUUUUUAAUGUGCGCUUCCUUCUUUCAUCUAUAGAUCAUGGUGGAACCCAGUCUUGAGCAGAAUCUUUGAAAUUAAGUUGUAAUUUUCUAUGAUUUUAAAACUUAAGCGGAGAAAAAAAUGGUGGACUGGUUUAGAGAUGUGGUAUAUUGGUUGGCCAGUGUUUCUGCAGAAAUUACUAAAUCACACCUGUUUUUUUACUUGUUCUAGUCUUGGUUGUAGACUUGCUGCCUCUGCAAGUUUUUUGAGGAAUUUCCUUUCCUCCAUGCUCUUCUCUCCCCUCAUUCCCACUCCUAGAAGGCAACUUCCACUAUGUUAAUACUGGAAGUCCCAUCAGUUGUCUGUGCUGUUUCUAAUUUGUUUAACUUUCCCUGUUUCCACCCUCCAGCACCACCACCAUCAAGGUUUUUCUCCUCUUAACAAGUGCUUGUGACCUCAGCGUUGUCUCUUGACGGGAGAUCAAGGCAGUCAAUGUGAUGGGUCUUUUCUAACAGGUGUUUCUUCCUACUCAGCUGGCUGGAUUCAUGCGGAAUGAGAGGUUUCUAGGGGUUUUAUUUUCCUUUCACAAGGGGCACGUGGGUUUUCUUUUUAUACUUUGCUGUACCAUCAGUGCGAAAUCCAGAAAGUGUGUAUUACUUGAACAUGUAAUGAGCAGGAGGUCCUGCUAUGGUACAGUUUUAGAGUCUAACCAUCUUCGGGUGUGUUAACAUGCUGCUCACAUCUGCUUCUAUGUGAUGUGACUUUCUGACCCCUCUUCCUGUCCCCACCAGUGUCACGGCAAAUAUGAUUCAUAUUGGCCCUGUUUAGAUACAUCUUCACUGCACUUGAGUCAAACCCAGGUUUUGUAUGAAGCUCUGGGUGUCUCUGACCAAGCAAUUGUCUUAAAAAUUUCUUGAGUAGGAUCAUGGUAUUUUUAAAAAAUCUGACCAAAACUACCUUUCCAUAGGUGACCAAACAUCACCAGUUGUUGCCCUAUCAGUGAUCGGCUGCCUUGUCAGCUAUUUACAAUUACACGCUGCUGUGGUCAAGAAAAAUUAUAUUAAAUAUGUAUCUUAUGUGACAGAAGAAAAUAAACUGGUGACUGGAGCUGGAAUUAAUUGUUUUCCUUUCA